UUGUGAAGAGACGAAGACUGAGCGGUUGUGUCUGCGUUGCCGACCUCAAGCAGCAGUCGGCUUCUGCACAUAGAACCCGGGAGUAGGAGACUCAGAAUCGAAUCUCUUCUCCCUCCUCUCUCCUGUCAGAUUUUUUUGAUCUUCAGCUACAUUUUCGGCUUUGUGAGAAACCUUAUCAUCAAACACAAUGGCCAGCAAUGUUACCAACAAGACAGAUCCUCGCUCCAUGAACUCCCGUGUGUUCAUUGGGAAUCUAAACAUUCUCGUGGUCAAGAAAUCUGAUGUGGAGGCAAUCUUUUUGAAGUAUGGCAAAAUUGUGGGCUGCUCUGUUCAUAAGGGCUUUGCCUUCGUUCAAUAUGUUAAUGAGAGAAAUGCCCGGGCUGCUGUAGCAGGAGAGGAUGGCAGAAUGAUUGCUGGCCAGGUUUUAGAUAUUAACCUGGCUGCAGAGCCAAAAGUGAACCAAGGAAAAGCAGGUGUGAAACGAUCUGCAGCGGAGAUGUAUGGCUCCUCUUUUGACUUGGACUAUGACUUUCAACGGGAUUAUUAUGAUAGAAUGUACAGUUAUCCAGCACGUGUACCUCCUCCUCCUCCUAUUGCGCGGGCUGUAGUGCCCUCGAAACGUCAGCGUGUAUCAGGAAACACCUCACGAAGGGGCAAAAGUGGCUUCAAUUCUAAGAGUGGACAGCGGGGAUCUUCCAAGUCUGGAAAGUUGAAAGGAGAUGACCUUCAGGCCAUUAAGAAGGAACUGACCCAGAUAAAACAAAAAGUGGAUUAUCUCCUGGAAAACCUGGAAAAA